ACAACAGAAACAUGGAUGAAUUUGUUUUGCUUUUUGGAUUCUGAAACAGAAACUUGAAAAUGCCUGGAUUAAUAGCAUUUGGGAGGAAAUGGGGAAUAGGAUCAGAUGACUUUGUUUUCCCAGGAAUUUUAGAAAUAUUUUGUAGAGUGAUUUGGUUGAUAUUUAUGUCAGUUGUGUAUAACCUGCACCAAGAUGCCUUUAUUAGAUGUACAGAAGGAAGUUAUCUACAGGUCUAUUGUAUUGGAAUUCUUGUCAUAAUGUGUGUGUGUAUAAUCAGUACGUGUAUAAGUGUGUUUAUCAGCUCCCGUGGAUCUAUAAUGAAUGCUCAGCCUAGGAGGAAAUUUGUCAAGAUUCUUUAUGUACGGUCAGUUCUUGCCAUCGUAGAAGUUAUUUGGAAUAUAUUAGGAAGUUAUUGGGCUUUUGGAAUGAAGACUACAUGUGAACAUAGUGUAGAACUAGCUGUUAAAAUCACUGUUAUUGUAUUCUGGGUUCUAGCCGUAACUGUGUUCAUUGCUUUUUUAUUUGUGUUCGGUAUUUUAGGGGGAUCAAAGAAAUCAAAUCAUGAGGGACUAUACAGCAAAGAAAGUGGUGCUUCUUCUUCUGCCAUAAACAAGUGGGAAAAAAGAUGUAAAAUAAUAUGUUGUUGUGUGGCAGGAAGUGAAAAAAAUACUGGUGCAUUUAAUGCUAUCUCACAAAUUCUAGCAGAUUAUUUUAAGGAUGUAGAUCUGGUACCCACUGAUAUUGCUGCUGGUUUGAUACUGGUACAUAAAGACCAAGAAAAACAGAUCAGUGAUCUGCCAUGUAUAUCAUAUGAUACAUUCACAAAUGGAUCAGCCAAUAGAUCCAAUGGACAGGCUUCCACUUCAAUCACAGAAGAAUGUAUAGUAAAACCUAAACCGUGGAUGACAACCAAGAUGAUGUUCCAUUACAUGAGAUAUGCCAGUGCUUCCUAUGGGUGGCCAUUUUAUAUAUUUACAAACUUGUGUACUGGAAUGUGUCAUCUGUGUAAACAUAUGAGGUGCUGUAGUUGUUGUCUUCCAGCGAACCAAGUUUAUUUUGACAACUGUUGUCAGUGUAAUACAGCCACGAUCAAAAGAUUAACAGGAUUGGAUCAGUUUGAUCUGGUUUAUGCAGAUUAUCAUAAUAGGAUAUUUGAAAUACCAUUUUAUGUAGCAAUAGAUAAAGAGAAACAGUCAGUGGUUGUAGCCAUUAGGGGGACUUUAUCACUUAAGGAUGCCAUAACAGAUUUGAGUGCAGACAGUGAAUGUUUAGAGUGUGAGGGACUUAUAGGCUGUGUGGCUCACAAAGGCAUUCUCCAAGCGGCUCAGUAUGUAAAAAGGACAUUAGAGGAGAAACAUAUAUUAGAGGAUGCAUUUGAUAGGGCACAAGGCAGUAAGCUGGUAAUCACAGGACACAGUUUAGGAGCAGGUACAGCAGCUUUACUGGCAGUGUUACUCAAACAAUCUUAUCCUGAUCUAAUCUGUUUUGCUUAUGCUCCACCAGGUGGCCUUCUGAGUUUUGAAGCUAGCCAGGCGAGCCAAGACUACAUAUGUUCUGUUGUGCUAGGAAAAGAUAUGAUAACCAGACUAAGUAUAUGGUCUAUGUAUGAUCUUAAGGAAAAAACAUUAACAGCCAUCAGAAAUUCACAUUCUCCUAAGUUCAGAGUUUUAGCAUCAGGUGCCUGGGAGGUUUUGUGUGGCUGUUUUAUCAGUGAUAGUACAGCAACAGAGAGACUACUUGGUCGAGGUGUCACUAAUAUAGGCAACAAUGAUAUAGAGGAAGCAUUGCAGAAUGUCAGUAUGGCGAGAGAACAAUUGAAAAUUACCCACCCACCAAUGUACCCACCAGGACAGAUAUUACAUGUGUUAGAAGUGGAAGGAGGGAGAGCCUGUUGUGGAACUCCAAGUUUUUACGCUGAAUGGUCGAGAGCAGAAGACUUUGUUAAGGAGAUAAUUCUGUCUCCAGACAUGGUAACAGAUCAUAUCCCUGAUAAUCUAAUGACAGCGUUAGAACAACUAAGUGACAAAGACUUUACACCCAGACGAAGAAAGAGUCUAGAAGAAGUAACUGCAUUAUAACAAGGAUACUAUAGCCUGUAGUACUAUUAGAUUGAUUAGAGCCUUAGGUUAAAAAAUAAUAGGGGCAAAUACUUAUUGGUUUAUGUUUCAAUAUAUGUUUAAAUUCCGACAAAACCCUAAAUUUUUAUAAAGUAUAUAUAUAAAGUUUAUAUUAACAACGAACAAACAUAAUUUAAAUUUAGUUUAUAAAAGCAAAUUUUAGAUUUGUAACUGUCAGUGUAAAAGUUUGUUGUAAGUAAAAACUUUAUCCUUUAGGUUGAAGAAAAACAUCUUAGUAGUGCAUCAUGGGAAGUUUUUUUAGUGAUAUGCUAAAAUGCCAAAAUUGUAAGGUUUUUAAGAAUGUCCAAAUCAAUUUACAAGAAUAGGAGGUAAAUAGUUUUGAUUUGGUCUUAUGAUUCCAUUAUUAUGAUUAUGUAAAGAAAUAAUUUUAUAUUACAAAUCUCAUAGUAUAUAAAUUAUAUUCCAGUCUUCUAGAAUAUAUAACAUUUUCAUCAUAUUGGCAAUGGCAAUGCUUUUUGAAAAAUACUCAUGAUUUUGCAAUAUUAUGCUGUUGGGUACGAGGUUUUAUAAUUCAUGUUAUAUUAAAAUGUAUCAAUCAAAAAAGGGUAUACUAUUCAUAUUUCAUACUAAGAAGCCAUUUUUAAUAUACCUGCAGUGUUAUUGUAGUAAUAGUUUUGCCAUAACUUUUGCUAUAUUCACCCAUCUAUUUGAUGUGAAGUGAAGGAUUUGGGCAUUCUAGUUACCAAAAGUUCAACAGUUGAAUAUGUAUAUUUAAUAGUUAAAAUUGUAUUAAGAGACCACUCAAGGGUUAUAUUGACUAAAGACAUUGAGAAAAACAAUGAAGCUUUGUCCUGUAAUACUUUAGGACAUAAUCAAAUCUUUAUUUCCUUAUAGCCUGAAGAAAUAACCAUACUUUUUCUUUUAUGCCCAUGCCGUAGUAGAGGGGGCGUCAGGUUUAACCCUUGUCCGUCUGUACAUAUGUACAUACGUCCCAAAGUUGGUUUCCAUUCUCUUGCCUUAACCAAAUGUUACCAAACUUAUACUAAAUGCCUAAUAAGUGAAGUUACAUUAACCUCUAUAGAGUUAUGCCCCUUUUCAAAUGAAAAAAAAUGCUGAAAUUAACAUUUCCGUUCUCUAACUAUAGUUUGCCUCAACCAAAUGCUGCGAAACUUAUACACCAUACUAAUAUUACAAUAAACAUAUCUCUUACUGGCACUUCACUGAUUUAUCAAGCAUUUGUGAUUGUGGUAGAAUGUCUAACUGGCACUUCACUUAGAUCUCAUUAUUUACCUUUCUAUGUGAGUCUGUGUGUAUUAUAGUUUUAUUUAUAAUGUUUACCUGUGGACUAUUUAUCUGUAUAAGAUUCUUAAGUUAUUGUUUGCUAUGAGUUUUACCUGAUGCACAAGGCAGUUCACAGAUGUACCUGUAUGAAGUAUAUAUUUUUAAGACUUAUUUGUACGGUACAUGUAUCAUGUUAUCUUGUCAAAGUAUAUAUCAGUGUAAGGCUUGCCUGUUUAUAUAUUUACCUGUAAAAUGUUUAUUGAUAUAAUUGGCUUGAUUUGGUGCUAUGAUUAUAUUUUAUAUUUUUGUUACUCGGUAUUGAAUUUGUAAGUCUUGUGUGUAAUGGUCUAUAAAACUACUUAGGGACUUUUUAUGAUCUGAUUCAUUCCCACAAAUUUGUAAGUUUAUAUAAAAACAAGAAAUAAUCAACAUCAAUAUGAUACCUCCUUUUUACCAUUGCUUUUCAUUGUAGUUUACAUAAAGGGAAGUAACUGAUGUCAGCUCAUAACUUUAUAGUAAAUAAUCAAUCUUAAAUUUAUACCUCCUGCUUACCAUUGUGCUUAACAUGACACAAAGGGUUCAUAAUAAUUAGUAGCAAAGGGAAGUAACUUGUGUCAGUUAUAUUCAGGAAGGUGCUGUAUGACCCUGUAGGUUAUUCAAUUGUAAUUCCAAAAACAUCUUUAACAGUUAAAUUUGGGAGCAUUAUGUCUAACAGGAAUUGAUUCUGAUACGCUUUUCAGUAUAAAAUUGAUAAAAUCUCAGACUUGACGAGACUUCUUGAUAUUUAUUGAGUUUGGUAGUGUCUUACUGAAAAACUAUUAAACUGCUCAAUAAAUUAACCAUAUUAUUAAAAUUGUAAAUAAAUAAAAGUUUUAUCAUUUAGUUAAUAUAUUUUAUAUAAAAUGACCCCAAAAAGUGUGAUUUAUUUGAUGUCAUGUGUUUUAUAAUGGUUUGUAAAUUUGGGAAUGCAUUGGAUGCCAUUUUUUUUAUUACCCCCUUUACAUUCUGUACCCUUGAAUCAAUUAUAAAAAAAAAAUGUAGUGACAGAUUACAAAUCUGGUACAAGGCAUUACCUUAAAACUUAGUUUGAAUGACAUUGUAUUAAAAAUAAAUAAAAGGCUCUCUUAAGUUACAGAGUUGGCAUUUUCAACCUAAAUGAGUAGAAUGGCAAUUUUUGAACCUAAUGUGCUUUGGACAUAUUAUUACCACCAAUUUACCUGGACACAUAUUUAGAAGUUUACAAAGAAAAUGUUAAAACAUUUCUUCUUGAUGACAUUGUGAAACUGGUAGAAAAUUUGGAAAUUGAGAAAUCUCAUUGAAUUUCUAAAGAUCUUGUAAAGGAUAUAUAGCUAUGUUAAAAAUAUCAUUAACUUUUAAGUAAACAAUGCCAUUUAUUUAUACUAUGCUGUUACCUUGCCAUUUAUUAUUACUCCAAAUAUAUUUAACUAUGGGGAUUUUAUAACGUGUUAUACUGCUGACCAAUAAAUAUUAUAUAAAAUGUAUAAAAAAAAUGAUAAAAGUUUUCAAGUGAUAGAAAUAGGAAAACAUAUUUAGGUAGUAUGCUGACCUAUUUGCUUUAUAUUUUGUUGGGUUUCUACCCCUCAUCUCCUUUCAUUAAUGUUUAGAUAGGAGAGUUGUCUCAUUGGCAUUCAUACCACAUCUUCCUACAUCUAGAUAGGACCAAAAUAUUUAUAGUCUACUACUUUAACCACACCAUACCUGAUUUUGUUUUGAUUUAAGGCAGGUUAAUAAAUUGAUGUGACACAGUCAUGUUUUAUGUUAUUUCAAUGUUACUUUUUAGUCCACAUUAGUUGUUAUUGUUAUGUUAUAACUUUAUAUUUGUUAUGAUAUGUGCCAUAUGCUUUGUAUUAAAUACUAGUAUUUUGUGCAUUUGAGUGGGUAAAGAUAAGAACCAAUUCACAAAAAUUGUAAAAAUUAGUUUUGUUAUACCCUCCUAUAUUGAUGGCACUUUACAGACUUAUAAAAAUAUCCAGUUAUUUAUCCUGCUCUUGUUUGUUAUAGGAGAGACCAUCCACUUAUUUAUAUAUUGCACCAAUUUGACAGUAAUAUCUUUAAGCACAAGUCCUCCUGAAUUACAUGAAAUAUUAGUAUUGCAGGGCAGGGGCAUCCUUUUGUUACUCCAAUCAAAGUUUUUGUUAAAUGUUUUAAUUGUUCAUAAUAAAGUUUUUUUUGUUUUGUCAAAAUCCUAUUUGAUGUAAAAUGUGAUGUUUUUUUUUACCCUUUGUCUUAUUCCAGAAUGUACUGACAUAUAAAUCAAAGCUUUACAGCUAUAUUGUGAUAUUUCUUUGUAAUUAAAAGUUUUAAACUAA